AUGGACGGAGAGUUCCACAGGGACACGUUAAACAACUGGGUAGCCCCUUUGCCUUUUCGUAUGCCCCGACGUGAACUCCCUGACAACCGAGAACAGGCGUUUUCUCGGUUCGCUUCGUUACGUCGCACUCUGGACAGGAACGCGGAAAUGAAGAAGCACUUCGUUGCCUUCAUGCAGGAUAUGCUCGAAAAUGGCCACGCUGAGCCAGCACCGCCAAGAAAGGAAGCCAACGAAUAUUGGCACCUCCCCAGCUUCGGUAUGUACCACCCGCAGAAACCGGGCCAAAUCCGGGUAGUUUUCGAUUCAAGUACCAAGUACCAAGGUGUUUCGCUCAACGACUUGCUCCUUUCGGGACCGGACAUGACAAAUAGCCUGAUCGGUGUGCUGCUCCGUUUUAGAAAAGAGGCUGUGGCGGUAACGGCUGACAUCCAGCGAAUGUUUUAUUCCUUCUUCGUACGUGAAGAAGACAGAGACUACCUGCGCUUCUUGUGGUUCCGAGACAACGACACCAGCAAGGAUGUCAUUGAAUACAGGAUGUGUGUACAUGCGUUUGGCAACACAUGCUCUCCCGCUGUUGCGACCUACGGCUUAAGGCGCACCGCACAGGAGGGAGAGCAGGACUUUGGUGCGGACGUUCGACACUUUAUCGAGAGAGACUUCUACGUCGACGACGGCCUCAAGUCCUUACCGACCGAAGAGGAGGCUAUUGAUUUACUCAAAAGGACACAACACAUUCUGAAAGGAGCAAACCUGCGGCUUCACAAGAUAGCCUCUAACUCUGUGGAGGUCAUGGGCGCCUUCCCAUCCGAUGACUACGCCAGGGGCCUUAAAGACAUGGACUUCGACAGAGGUCACGUACCGAUGCAACGGAGCCUUGGACUAAACUGGGACCUAAAGGCAGAUACCGUUCACCUUCAAAGUGCCCGAUUCACAGCCCCAGUGACAGUACAAGGUAGGCUGUUGCUGAGAGAUAUUUCUUCAGAAACGUCAGAUUGGGAUGCCCCUCUCGACCUGAAUGACAACUGGCUAACGUGGCGAGACUCCUUACAUCAUCUUGAACGACUCAAGAUACCACGCCAGUACACUGCAAUCUCUCUCUCCGACGCCCGUCGACGGGAAAUCUGUGUAUCCUGCGAUGCCUCAGAAAAGGCAAUCGCCGCUGUGGCGUACAUCAGAGUCACAGAUGCUGAUGGAAUGCAACACGUGGGUUUUGUGUUUGGAAAAGCAAAGCUAGCGCCGCGCCCCGAACAGACCAUUCCAAGACUUGAGCUAUGUGCCGCAGUGCUCGCCGUCCAUAUCGCAGAGUUAGUCGUCAGCGAGAUCGAUGCUCAUAUCGAUGACAUUAAAUUCUACACGGACAGCAAAGUUGUGCUCGGAUACAUCUUCAAUCAAUCGAGGCGUUUCUACCUCUAUGUCAGCAACCGUGUGAACCGCAUACAAAGAUCUACGAAGCCCGAACAAUGGCAUUACGUUCCCACCGGUCAGAACCCUGCAGAUCACGCCACUAGACCUGUGGCUGCAGAUGCUUUGGCUGGCACGACUUGGCUGACAGGACCGAAAUUUCUCCGGGAAUGUACGGACGCGCAGAGAGAGCGCACAGCCUUCCCGCUUUUUGAACCAGAUCAGGACAAGGAAAUCCGUCCUCAAGUGGCUGUCUCGGCAACUCGCGUAGGAAAUCAAUAA